AUGAUCGGUAACUUCACUCAUCCUUGGAGGAAUUCAUGGAAAAAUAACGUCCAUGUGGCCAUCCUGGUUACCAACUGUACAGUGUUGCUCGUAACGCUUUUGGUGGGAAUUGGAGCCAACCUUUUCGUUACGUAUGCUGUGUAUCGUCAGAAAUCCCUCCAGACCUCCACCAACGCACUUUUGGUUAAUCUCGCAGUCGCUGACCUGCUGCGAUGUGUUACCGACUGCCCCUUGCUUCUGGUUGUUGUCUUGAACGGAAACAACACCAGAGACCUUGGGGACCUUGUCUGUGAUGGACAAGUGAUGUCAUUUUCCCUCAGCUGCUGUGUCCAGUUGUUCACUCUGGCAAGCAUUAGCGCUGAACGACACCAGGCCAUAGCGAAUCCAUUUAAGACUGCUCAGCAGCGAAAACGGGUUAAGAUCUGGAUCCCGCUCACCUGGGUAGUGGCCCUUGUAGUAUCAGUUCUGUGCGUCAUGUUUACCAAGGAUUCCUUGGUCUAUGUUCGAUGUAGAGCUUUGCGUUGGGAUGCGUUAAAGACAUAUGGCUCGUUUGGACGUUAUGUCUUGUUGCCUGUGUGGUUUGUGUGCUUGGCUCUUAUUGUUGUCUUCUAUUCCCACAUAUUCAUCUUGGUCAAAGCACACAAUAGAAAGAUUUUUGACAAGGGCACUUCUGCCCCACCUAAUAAAAAAGUGCCUGAAGACAAGAAAAAAGUGCAGGAGGUAGUGGAAACCAAGGUCACCAUUGUGACUGAACCAAUGGCACCAAAAGAAAUGUAUAUUACACAAUUUAAGCAAGAAGCAAAUGGGUCAGGACCUGACACAAAGUCAUGUAACACAGAUCUUAAGGACCAAAAGACCUUGCCAACUGUUGCUGAAAGACAGACCCUUUCUAUGGAUCUAAAGACAGAAGAGACACUUCAACACCCAAACCAGCAAAGUAUGAUACUCAUUUCUAAACUGCACCACAACACAACACACCUGAUAGAUCUGGAGAACAAUGGUGACAAACCAGGUGAUCCACCAAACUCUGAGCCUGAUCCUCCAGCAGCAACUAACCAACAAAUCUUGACACUUGCUUCCAAACCACACAGCCACAGAACAGAAUUUUCGAAUCUAAAGAACUAUGAGGGGAACCCAGGUGAUCCUCCAAAAGAUGACGAGAAACUAAACUCUGAGCAAGCAGCAACCAACCAACUAAUUUUGACACAUGUUUCAGAGCUGCACAACCAAACCACUGAACCGAGAGAUCUAAAGAAUGGCGAGGAGAGCCAAAGUGACCCCCAAAAAGAUGACACGAAACUAAAUCCAGAGAAAGUUCCUCAAGCAGGAGAUGGCACCCAGACUGCUUCAACAGAUCAAACCAUGGGUGUGAUGGGAGAAGUGUGUAUGAUGCCGUCCUUUGCCAAUAGGGACAGAGCCAACAAGAAGAAAGAGGGCAAGCUGGCCAAACGCUCUGGUUACAUCAUUCUUACUUUCCUGUUUUUUUGGAUGCCGCUGAUUGGGACAAUUUUCCUGAACCCCUUUCUAAACAGAAACCAGAGUUGGGAUUUCAUCCAAGAGGUUGAAGUCUUUGUGGUAUCCAUAGCCUGCAUGACAUCCCUCACCAACCCGAUCAUUUAUGCAGCAGUGAACCCUCAGUUCCGCACCGAAUUCUACAACCUGAAGGCAAGAUGUAAAGCAGUGUGCUCCAAAUCAUGAGACCAUUAAUGCUUCACUCCAACCACGUCAACGUUUCCUGACUACCCAAACCAAUUGUGAAUAGUUAAUUCAA